AAUCACGAAGUCACUCCGACAAGGAAUCGCUCCACCAAAAACAGUCUUUCGCUUUCUUCAGCACUCAAUUAGACACGUACCGUCUAAUUCAAGAUGGCCACACCUCAGAUCCAAGACUGCAAGCUCUGCUUUAUUGGCGGUGGAAAUAUGGGGGCUGCGAUCAUCGGAGGCCUCCUCGCUAAAGGAAGCACAUCUAAGCAAAACAUCAUCGUUUCAGAGCCAUUCGAAUUGACUCGGAAAAAGGUCGAAGACACACUCGGUGUGCGCACCACGACGUCGAACAGCGAAGCUGCACAGGAUGCUGAUGUCUUGGUGCUUGCUGUGAAGCCGCAGGUCGCAAAGGGCGUGUGUGAAGAUUUGGCGACCUCGUGGCGUGAAUCCGGAAAGCAGAAGUUACCACUGAUUGUGUCUAUAUGUGCUGGAAUCCCGCUGGAUGCUCUGACGAAUUGGUUUACGGUCAGUGAUGGACGGGCUCCAAAAGUGGUUCGCGUCAUGCCAAACACGCCAGCUUUGUUGGGUGAGGGUGCUUCCGGGUCGUUUGCUGGUGCUGGCGUUACGGAGGAUGAGAAGAAGCUAGUUACGGCAUUGUUAGAAGGAUUCAGUAAAGUAUCGGAGUGGGUUGACAAGGAGGAGUUGAUCGAUGUAGUCACGGCGCUCUCAGGAUCCGGACCAGCUUACUUCUUUCUCCUCGUUGAACAUAUGGUAUCCAGUGCUACUGCUCUCGGCAUGCCGAGAGAGCAGGCUGAGCGACUUGCUAAGCAAACUUGUCUUGGUGCUGGAAGGAUGCUCGUUGAAUCUACCGAAUCCCCAGGGCAGCUACGCAUCAAUGUUACCAGUCCAAAGGGAACAACCGAAGCCGCAUUGAAGAGCUUUCAGGAAUCGGGUUUGGAUGGGAUAGUGAGCAAAGCUGUCAAGGCAGCGGCAGACCGAGGCGAAGAAUUGGGUAAAGCGUUGGCCUGAUUAUUGAAAGAUGCUGUACCUCGGGUGAGUCUCAUGACAACCUGAUGCUACAUAGCACAACAUUAUUGCCCAAAAUUAUCGCUCAGUACUGUAUUAUUUGUCAAUUCCGUGGCAUGUACAUCCCAUGACACGUGUGAGAUGUCUUACCUACCUCAUUUAGCUGUAGCGAGCACAAACCUUGGAGUCAAUCUUCCAGCGGCCCCGAGGUUGUUCACGCUUCAACAUCUCAAUGCCAUCUACGAACUCUGAUAGUGAGAAUAAUUCUUCUUAUAGUGAAUCUGGUUCCAAAACUGUGUACAAGGUGGCAUCAAAUCAAAUUUUGUACAGUCCAAGAACUCGAAUAGAAAGAUAGCUGUCACAUACGACCAUAGACUGGUGAGAAAUGGGCAUCCCGUCCGCUCUGCCAUACACAAGCACCAGAUCGGCAGAUUAGUAGUUGAGUGGGUGACCAUCAGCGAAUCCCUGCUGUUAUCUCGUGGAAUUAUGGGUCUGUGAGACCUGCCUCUCCACACUGCGGUGUAAGACCCUACAGCCAUCCUGAUCAUGCUUCUACACUCCGAAAAAGACCUACGUGGUAGUUUAUAGCACUUUAAUAACUCAUGGAGUGUUAUGUUAUUAUUAGAUCGAGAUUGUUUUUCAGCUUGAAAUGGCAUUGUAUUCUAGAAGAUUAGAGGUGAAAGCGCUAGGCGGAUGGGGACAACAAAAUAAGCGAAAUAAUUUGCCGACGGUGGCUAUCGCUGUUAGAAAUAAGUGGCCGAUCAAGGCAGGACGCGACACUGUAAUGAAUGCGC